AUGGCCGCAAUCCAAACCCAAAUCCAAAACGGCGCCGUCCCAAACGCCGUGUCCAACGUAUGCCCGGCGGGAACAAAAUUCCACGUCCUGGAAGUCGGCUGGCUCGAAUGCGACGAAGGCUUCGUCACGCGCGGCGGCAACACCAGCACAAAAUCCACAGAGGGCAAACCCUUCCCCAACAAGCGACGCCAGAUGCCCAUGUACUGUAUCCUGAUCGAACACCCGCACGAAGGACUCAUUCUCUGGGAAACUGGGUGUGGGAAGGACUACCCCGAGGUCUGGGGCCCUGUGCUCUCGGAUGUGUUUUCGCGCGUGCGCUAUGAGCCGCAGCAUGAGCUUAGGGCCGCGAUCGAGGCGACGGGGAAUCGCAUUGAGGAUGUGAGUAAGAUUAUCAUUGGGCAUUUGCACUUGGACCAUGCGGGUGGGCUGGAUCAGUUCUUGGAUAGGACUGAUGUGGAGAUUUGGGUGCAUGAGCGAGAGCUGAAUGGGGCGUUUUGGUCUGUUGCGACGGGGGCCGAUGCUGGGGUUUAUUUGGAGCAUUACCUGAAGUUGUCCUUGAACUGGAAAACGUUCAACGACCAGACGAUGGAUUUCUGUCAGGGCAUCACGCUGCACCAUCUGCCUGGCCACACGGACGGGCUCAUCGGGAUGCAGAUCAAUAUGCCUGAGACAGGGACGUUCUUCUUCAUCAGUGACCACUGUCAUGUCAUUGAGAAUUGGCGCGAUGGGAUCCCCCAAGGAUGGCUGGCUCGCGAUCACCCGGCCUGGUUUAGGAGCACCCAACGCCUAAAGCGGCUGGAGAGGAUAACAAGGGGACAGGUUAUUCCUGGGCAUGAUGAGACGACGUUUCUCGCACUGAAAAACCAGGCCAAGGUGUUUACCUGA